UUCGUAACAAACUCUCUCCCAAAAAAGAUUGAAACUUUCACUCAUUCAUUCAUUCUUCCUUUCCAUUUCCUUUCUUUUCUCUCUGAAAACCCAAAAGAAAUGAGCUGGAGCAGAGGUCACGAACUUGGCCACGGCGCCACCGCCACCGUCUAUCUAGCAACCGACCACCGCUCCGGCGAGCGGUACGCUGUCAAGUCAGCAGGGGCUUCCCAAUCGGAGUUCCUACAACGAGAACAGAGGAUUCUGUCUUCAGUCAGCUCUCCUUAUGUAAUUGGAUACAGGGGAUGGGAAAUUACGACGGAGGACGACAGAGUUGUGUACAAUUUGAAGCUCGAGUACAUGCCCGGCGGUACAAUUAUCGAUGAGAUUCGACGCCGCUGCCGUGGCGGAGGCCGGAUGGAAGAAUCGGCGAUUGGGUUGUACGCGUGGCAGGUUGUGAAGGCGCUUGAGUAUCUGCAUUCCAACGGGUUGGCGCAUUGCGAUGUGAAAUGUCGGAACAUUUUGGUCGGAGUCGAUGGGUCGGCGGCCAAGCUGGCGGAUUUCGGGUGCGCCAAGCGGGUCGGGUCGUCGGGUACAACUGGCGGGACGCCAAUGUUCAUGGCGCCGGAAACGGCGCGCGGGGAGGAACAGGGGUUCGCCGGCGACGUUUGGGGAUUGGGGUGCGCGGUCAUCGAAAUGGCUACCGGCGGCGGGUCGCCGUGGCCGGAGAGUGAUCACGACGAUCCCGUUUCUGCAAUUUACCGGGUGGGUUACUCUGGCCGGGUUCCAGAUUUCCCGGGUUGGUUGUCGGAGCAAGCAAAGGAUUUCUUGGACAAGUGUUUGAGGAGGGAUCCGAAACAGAGGUGGACAGCGAGUCAGCUGUUGAAGCAUCCGUUCCUGGUAGAAUUCGAAUUGGCCGGUGAUCUUCCCACCGGAAAGCCUUGUUUUGAUUCUCCUACGAGCAUUCUGGAUAAAGGGUUCUGGAAUUCGGUGGGGAUUGUUGAUUCUGACGAAGCCACUGAGUCGCCUUGUUCCUCUUCCUCGUCACCGUCGGGAAUAGAAGUAGAGGAGGAAGCCAGAGAGAGGAUCGGAAGGCUGGCGACGGCGGGACCCAGCUGGGAAUUUUGUGAUGGUGGCGAUGAUCUUUACCGUUGGAUCACAGUUCGGGGAGAUGAUUGCAAUUGCAGUGUAGCAGGGGAAGAUGGAAGGGAUUGUUGUGGCUGUGGUGAAGGGGAUUUGUUGACGUCAACAGGAAGUAAGAAUGAUUAUUAUGAUGUAAUUAAUAGAAAUGACGAGGGGUUUAGUAUGGAAAGGUGUAAAUAUGGGGAGUUUGGUAGUUUGGUAGUUAGUUGUAAUUUGCAGUGUGAGAUUGAGAGGAGGGAGAAGAGGCAAGAAGGUGAAGAUGUGCUAUUGUUACUCCCCCCUGUUUCUAGAUUAGUUUCACAAGCUUGAGGAAAAAAAAUCACUCUCUUUUGACUCCCAUUCUUCUUUCCUUUCCAUUUAGUCAUAUAUAUGAAAGUCGCGACAAUCUCGAAGCUCAUAAAAUUGUACAAUUAGUUCAUAUAUAAUAAAAAUUCGAGUAAAACUAAACUAUAUUGUAACAAUCAAUAUAACUUGGAAUCGUUUAUACCUGUGAUCAACUAGUCAAAAUGAGAUUUGGUAUGAGGGGUAUUGGGCAGGUGGGGGUUUGUUGGUGCAUCCCUAAUAGGAUUUGGUAUUAGGUUGAACUAGGAGGCAGGAUUCCAUAAAAUUUGCAGUUUUGC